GGCCGCAUGCAAGCCCUAAUGUCAGCGUCCCUGUUACCCUGGACAGCUGAGGGUGACCUCGGAGCUCCACGUGCAGCCUGUGCCUCAAUUUACCUGCCUGUCAAAGGCACCUGAUUCUGCGGCCGCUGCCUCCACUCAGCAAGUGGAGUUGGUGUGUAGGUCUGGAAAUGGACCAGAAAGGUGAAGGCUCCAGUCCAACGCCACACCGCAGGAUGUCUGAUGAGACAGUUCAGGAGGAGACGGACCAGCAGAACGUGGUGAAGCGUGUAGUGGCCUUACCCCUCGUCAGGGCCACGUGCACUGCCGUGUCCGGUGCUUACAAUGCGGCCAAGGACAAACACCCGCUGCUGGGAUCAGCAUGCCGCCUUGCUGAGCACUGUGUGUGCAGUGUGACCACCUGCGCCCUGGACCACGCACAGCCGCUGCUGGAGCACCUGCAGCCUCAGUUGGCCACUGUGAACAAUCUUGCCUGCAGGGGACUGGACAAACUGGAAGAGAAGCUACCGUUCCUGCAGCAACCGUCGGACACGGUGGUGAGCUCAGCCAAGGACGCAGUGGCCCACAGCGUCACAGGUGUGGUGGGCCUGGCCCAGCGGGGCCGGCGCUGGAGCGGGGAGCUGAGGCGUUCCAUGAGCCAGGCCAUGGACAUGGUGCUGGGCAAGUCGGAGGAACUGGUGGACCACUUCCUGCCCAUGACUGAGGAGGAGCUAGCGGCCCUGGCAGCCGAGGCCGAGGGCCCAGAAGUGGGCUCUUUGGAGGAGCAGAGACGACAACAGGGCUACUUUGUGCGACUGGGAUCCCUGUCAGCGCGCCUCCGCCAUCUGGCCUAUGAACACUCUCUGGGGAAACUGAGGCAGAGCAAACACCGCACGCAGGACACACUGGCCCAGCUGCAGGAGACUCUGGAGUUGAUCCACCAUAUGCAGAGUGGGGCGAGCCCCAUCCCCACUCUCCAUGCCCCAAAGGUGCAGGAGCUGUCGGGGGACUGGACUCCAUGGCCGGAGAAUGGGCGCAGACACAGCCAGGUGGAGCUGGAGACGCUGGCCCUGUCUCGCAGCCUGACCCUGGAGCUUCAGAGCGCAGUGGACGCGCUGGCGGGUUGCGUGCGGGGCCUGCCACCUGGUGCCCGGGCCAAGGUGGCCGAGGUGCAGCGAAGCGUGGAUGCCCUGCAGGCCGCCUUUGCCGAUGCGCGCUGCUUGCGGGACGUGGCGCCCGCCGCUCUAGCCGAGGGUCGGGGCCGCGUGGCACGGGCGCACGCCUGCGUGGACGAGCUGCUGGACUUGGUCCUGCGAGCCAUGCCCCUGCCCUGGCUUGUGGGACCCUUUGCACCGGUCCUGGUGGAGCGGCCCGAGCCCCUGGCCAACCUGGCCGCCUGCGUGGAUGAGGUGGUGGGCGGCCCCGACCCGCGCUGGGCGCACAUGGACUGGCCGGCCCAGCAGAGGGCCUGGGAGGCCGAGCACGCAGACUCGCCGGAACAGACCGAACCCCCGAGUUGCCCGCCCAGGCACAGACUGAUGCCGGAGCUGGACUUCUGACCAACGAGGCCCCUGCUGCCCCCUGGUGGUUACGUGGCCGCAUUUACCCUGACAGGCAGUGGACUCGACGGAGGCCACUCUCCCUCUCUUGUGAUCCUGUCCCCGCCUUCAAAGUUGGCACACAGCUAUCACGCCAGCACUCUAGAAGCUAAGACAAAAGGAUUGAGAUUUGAGGCAAGCUUGAGCUGUCUCCUUAGCAAGACCGUUAGAAAAAUGCAGCCCUGGCCUCUGAGGAACACGUGGUGUGUGUGUGUUGGGGGUGGGGAUGUAUCAAGAUGUCCAUCCAGGCCUCCCGGGCCAGAGACGCACUUGCUUUGCUGUUUAUGGUCCGGAAUAAACAUGU